GCAGACUCCCGCGACCGCCCGCCCGCCGGACGCGAGCGCGCGCGCCGAAGCCAUGACGGAGCGCGAUGUGCAGCUGGCACGGGUGGUGGAGCUCUUCACGAAGCAUGGGGCCAGCAACGGCCUUGUGCCAGCAGCGAUGCUGAAGAAGGUGAUGGGCGCGUGCUGCCCCACGCUGUCCCAGCGGGAGGUCGAGAGGUUGGUGGAGGCCAUGGACACCGAGAAGAACGGCAAGGUGCCACUGACGCAGUUCAUCGCCUGGAUGUUUCGCACCUUCGAGGAUGUCAUUGAGGAGUGGAGGACGGACAAGGAGCUGGAGAAGAUUUCGGAGACUUUGCCAAGCGGACUCCAAAAGCUUGGUCUCAGCUUCGUGUGCCCGGACCAGUUCACAGACGUUGGCUUGGCGCACAUCGGUAACAGUCUGCCAGCGACGUUGCAGACUCUGGCCCUGGCCUUUGAGUUUUCGUGGACGGAGUGCAAGAUCAGCAACGAGGGCUUCGGCAAGCUGGUGGCCAAGUUGCCCCAGGGCUUGUUGUCCCUCGACCUUAUCCUCCGCAACGACGAGCUGACGGAUGAGGCGUUGGAAGCUCUGGGCCGCGCGAUGCCUGGGAACCUCACGCGUGCAGCGAUCAGUUUCAAGGACAAUGAUUCCUUCACCGACAAAGGCAUGAGGAUCGCUCGUGCCUGGCUCGCUUUUUCCCUUCCCCGCGACACGCUGCAACUUUGCGCUCUUAUCGCAAGCACCCCGGCAUCGACCAAAAACGGGGAGAAAGACGUGGAUUCCGUGGGUGUCCCGAACCACCUACCGACGUCUGCCCAGCAGCCUCACGGAGCUGGUCUUGAACUUCGAGGCCAACUCGCACCUCUCGGAUCUCAGUCUGCAGGCGUUUGCCGCAUGGAUGCGCAAGGGCACCUCUCUCCAGAAGCUGCACUUCAUCGACAACGCCAGCACCAAAAUCACCCAAGCCGGUCUGCAGGAGCUCUACGCUGCCAUGCCCAGCACUGGCUGGAGUUUCAAUCCAGCAACGUCGAGCUGAGAGCUUUAGGGCCCUUCACCGAAGCCGGAGACAUGGGGGGUAGGGCCCCUAUGGGCCCAUAGGCAAAACCACAGUCGCUGGGCGGGGCGCCGUAGGCUGAUUUCCCGAUGCAUGAUGCGAGCCUCUGCCCAUCCGGCCGCGGUGAGUGAGUCUCCGGAUGAGUCCGUUGAUUUGCGGAGAACCUUGGACUUCCAGUGGCUGAGCUUCCCUUGAAGAUCCGGAAAUAAUGGAAAUGGAAGUGUCCCGCAGAAUUUUACGUGGAAUGACAAGAGGCCAGGCGCCUCCGGCAUGUGCAUGGUGCGUUGACUGAGAGCCAAUGGACGUGUGAAUAUCGACGGG